CGAAGGGCAAUUAUUAUUGGUCGACUUUAAAUGAGGAUCAGAACAUAACCAGUCUCGUGUGAUCUGAGCCACAAAGGAGUUGGUGGUACUUUGAAUUUACGAUUUGUAUCAGUUGUUGACCGUUGUUCACGCAACAACUUACCAAGACUGCCAGAACGAUGAUCUCAAAUAAAUGUGUACCUGUGUACAUAUUUAUAUCAUGCCUGGUUUUUGUCGUAUCUGCUCAAAGGGGUAGAAAUAGUGACCUCCCGCCAGGACCUUACUGUGCUUUGACUGGAUGCUGCAAAGGACGUGUGGAUGACUGCUCGAAACCCAUUUUAGGUACACUGUGCUAUUGUGACGAGUUCUGUAAUCAGACAAGAGUCGAAGAUUGUUGUCCUGAUUACCAAUCGGAAUGCUUAGGAAUUACACCAGAGCCAGAUGUAACAAUUCCUGCUCCAGGUGAAACCAGAAGUUGUACCUAUGAAGGAAUAAAUUACGGUAUUGGAAGAACAGUAAAGAAGAAUUGUAAUAUUUGUAAAUGCGAAGCUAUCGGAGAUACCGUGGAAUUCUUAUGUGAAAGAAACCAUUGCCUAAUGAAUGCACUUAUUAUCGAAACUGUAAAUAGAGAGAGGAACUAUGGAUGGACAGCUACUAACUACACCAAAUUCUAUGGAAAAACUUUGGAUGAAGGAAUCGCCACCAGAUUGGGAACACUGCAGCCUGAGAGGUCUGUCAUGAAUAUGAAUCCUGUCAGAAAAAUCUACAAUCCAGAGAGCCUGCCAAGGCAAUUUGAUGCAACUCUUGAGUGGCCUAAUUAUAUCACUGAUAUACAGGAUCAAGGAGAUUGCGCUGCUUCCUGGGCUAUAUCAACUGCAGCUGUCGCAUCUGAUAGAUUUGGAAUUGUCUCCAAGGGGCAAGAAGUGGUUCGGCUCAGUGCGCAAGAGUUAAUUUCUUGUGAUAAAAGGGGACAACAAACACAGAAUUGUAGGGGAGGCUAUUUGGAUAGAGCAUGGGCUUUCAUCAAACAUCGUGGUCUCGUAGACGAAGAAUGUUUCCCUUACAAAGGAUUUGACAUGGCUUGUGACCUUGAUAUUUUCGGAACACUCCGAGACAACAGAUGCAGGAUCCCUCCAAACAGCCAAAGAACAUCCACAUACCUUACUGCCCCUGCCUAUAGAUUAGGAAACGAAACUGAUAUAAUGUACGAAAUAAUGGUAUCCGGUCCUGUCCAAGCAACCAUGUUGGUACAAAAUGACUUCUUCACUUACGUUGGUGGUGUAUAUGAACAAACAGACAUAGUUGAGAGCCCCAAGAAAGGAUUUUUGUCUGUCAGAAUAGUAGGAUGGGGCGAAGAAUACACAAAUAGAGGUUUAAUGAAGUACUGGAAAGUUGCAAAUAGCUGGGGCAAAGACUGGGGAGAAGAUGGCUACUUCAGAAUCGUUAGAGGAAGAGAUGAAUCUGAAAUUGAAUCGUUUGUUGUCGCUGCCUGGCCAGAGACAGAAAGAAGGAGAUAUCCAUCCAUUCCAGUUCCAAGAACAGUUGUCUAUUAAUGAGAACUCGUUUAUUUUGAACUACAACUUUCAUAAAGUUGUGAAGCUCUGUUUUCGUUAGGUUUAGGUUUGAAUUUUUUGUACAAUGGUAAUGAAACUUUGGAAUCUUUUGUUAUGAAAUGAUAAGAAAUAAAUGUGCCAAUCUGAUAAAUCCUAAAAUAUAUUGCAGUUUGAGUUAACGUCA